AUGCCAAAAUAUGAGUAUCCACAGGAUGAAGCACGAAUGAUAAACAGACGAGUUCGGUGUGGCUUUGAGGAUCUUUCAGAUCCAAAUAAACAAAUAAGAACUAUUAAGAACUUCAAAAUAAAUCCCCGUUUUGAUAGGAACGUCAAGGACGACGAUGACGUUCAAUUUGACAAUAACAUAGCUGUAAUUAAACUUCAUACUCCUCUGAAAUUUGGACCUAGAUGUCAAAGUAUCUCUUAUACAACAAUCAAAGGUAGUGAUGGUCUUAACAACUGUCAAAUAUCAGGAUGGGGAUACAUUGAUGCCAAUGAAAAUGAAGCAGAAACUCUCCAGUUUGCAGAUACAUCAGUUUUAUCGAAUGCCGAAUGUAAUGAUCUAGCAGAUCCUACAGUGCCCAAGUCUCAAAUAUGUGCUUAUGACUUCGAGAAUAUAAAACAAGCCUGCAAUGGUGACGCUGGUGGACCUUUGACAUGUGAAAGAAAUGGGAGUCGUGUUCUCGUCGGAGUAUUUGCAUGGUUGUAUAAUGUUUGUAAUGCUGAAAAACCAUUUGUAUAUUCAGCUGUUGCUUAUUAUACUUCCUUUAUUGAAAAAUGGACUGGCAUAAAAGGAAUCCCGUAA